AUGUUUGAGAACCUCUGCACCCUCCCCCUCUCCGCCGAGGUCUUCACCCAGGUCCUCCACCCUACCGAGCCGCUACUGACCGUUGGCUUGUCUACCGGCCACGUCGAAACCUUCCGUCUCCCUUCCUCCGGCGACAACGAUUCUGAAGCUUCCGACGAACCCGAUACGAGCAUAGCAUCAAGCGGUCGUGGGGCUAUCGACAGCGUCUGGCGCACAAGGCGUCACAAGGGAAGCUGUAGAGCCCUGGCAUACAGCCACGAUGGUUCUGCCCUCUACUCCGCCGGCACUGAUGGCUUGAUCAAGCACUUCUCCCCGACGACCGGCAAGGUCAUCUCUAAAGUCAUCAUCCCUUCCUCGAAUAAGCAGAUCGACGCCCCGACACUCAUGCACGUUCUAAGCCCCCAGAGCCUCCUUCUCGGCUGCGACUCCGGAGCUAUGCACAUAUUUGACCUGCGGGACGGCGUCCCCUCGGCCAAGCCUGCUCAGACACACUUCCCUCACUCCGACUACGUCUCUGCCAUCGUUCCGUUGCCUCCUUCCGCCGAGAGCACCUCUGGCUUCUCGAAGCAAUGGGUGUCUAUUGGUGGAACGACGCUCGCUGUGACAGAUGUGCGCAGAGGCGUUCUUGUCCGCUCCGACGACCAAGAAGACGAGCUGCUAUCUGCUGUCUACGUCCCCGGCCUCGGCCCCAAGAACAACAGGAACAACGGUAUCGUCGCUGUCGGAUCCGGCUCCGGGGUGGUCACGGUCUGGGACAAGGGUGCUUGGGAUGAUCAACAAGAACGCAUCAUCGUCGACGGCGGCAAGAGCGGCGGUGAGAGUCUGGACGCUCUGGCCUUGGUCCCUGAAGAGCUCGGGCUCGGGAAGAAGCUGGUCGUCGGCCUCGGUGACGGUAGCCUCCGGGUGGUGGACUUGGUAACUAGGGAGGUCGACAAGUCCCUGAGUCUCCGCCAUGACGACGUUGAAGGUGUCAUUUCCGUUGCCUUUGACUCUCAGAAUCGCCUGAUAACUGCCGGCGGUAGGACGGUCAAGGUAUGGGAGGAGCUGUCCGAGCUUCAAGGCGAGCCCCAAGGCAGUGACGAGGGUAGCGACAGCGAUAGCGAUGACGAGACCUCUGGCAAGCGCCGGGCAGACAGCGAUAGUGAUGAUGAUAGCGACAGUGAUGACGAUUCAAAGCCACGAAGCAAGCGCCAGAACACGGGAGCCGACAAGCUUGGCCCCAUGGGCGCGCACGGCAUUCUAGGCUUUGACGGUUUGGACUAG